ACUCGCUGAGCAAUCAUGACUGAGAAUAAAUACAAGAGAGAUCAUGUGUCUCGGAAUUUGUCAGGAGUUAUACAUCAGUAGUGACACGUAUAUCGGUGUAAUGGGUAACGGAGUAACAACGAAUUGAUUUGAAUAUACAUGUAUAUAUAUAUCGUGUAACGCAUAUAGCACGGUUAUUGAGAGCUGACCACUGUCGAAUCAGUGCUACUGCAUUGAGGGUAAGCGGAGCGCUGAUCCUCUAACCAGAGCGCUAUUAAUUUAGGGUAAAUAAAAACCAGAGUUCAAGGUAACCGAAACGUUAUUCAGGCAAACUGAGGUGGUUACAGGCUACCAAAACAAGCAAACAAAAACCUGUAGUUACGCUAAUUCCCACAAGCCGUUACCGUCGUUAGGUAUGUGCCAACAACCUAAUGAAGAAUCAGCCUAAAGUCCGAGUCAAGUUCCUCGCGACCUUGUUUUUGUCACAUUGUAAUUUUCAGUAUUGUUGUUUUUCAUUCUUGUCUUCUUUAUCCCAUUACCUACAGACACUGAGCCGUUCCUAAUUGUCGGCAGUUGACCUAAUUAAAAACUGGUAUUUGUUCUCUGACAGGAUCUGAUCACUUGUAAUCUUUACUCGGCUCAGUCAGAAAUGGGAAAAAAACCGAAAUCUCUACUAAUCAUCAACGACUCGGUCGAUGCCCAGGUCACCCUCAAUCUUUUUGUCACCUGGGAUGUUGUGUGUUGGCUACCUCACACAUCUAUAACAAUCAAGCCGAAUACCAAGUUCCUUUACUCCAGCGACAAAGACUGCAAGUUCGAACUCGUCGCAAGAUUCAAAGACAAGAGACCGAAAAAGGUUCUCCUGAAACCUCAAGAGUGGAUUGAAGACAGGUUAAUAAGGGUCACUUACUCACCGAGUUCGCUCGAGAUCGUAGAGGAAAACCUUGCCAAGUACCCACAAGAGAAAAAAGAAUGCCUUCGAAAGAUGCAAAGGGACGAAGUAAUAGAAUCGCAUGGCGGGGGACGUAAUCUGUAUAACAUACUGAGGCUAGACAUGAAACAAGUACGUGUCAUGUCAAAGGAAGAACAGGAUGAAGAAAUCAGAACCGCAUUCAUACGAGAACUACGAAUAUGGCACCCUGAAUUCAACGAUGAUGGUGACGAAGGAAUAGUCAGGGAGGUGAUUAUGGCCUACGACAUUCUUCAAGAUCGAGAAAAGCGAGCCAGGUACCACAACAUGGCUGACUAUGACAGUGGAUGGCUGUCGGUGAAGCGCUUCAAAGCUGUCUUUUGGCCCGAGUGCGAAACCAUGGAGCAAAGGUUAGCCUGGUUGAAAAGAAUGGGCUUGUUAGCUUUGUCGGUUUUGCUUACAACUGGAGGCAUUGUGGGAGUUGUCCUUACCGCUGGUUUUUCAUCCCCAUGGCUCGUAACCAGUAUCGUGGGUGGGUUGUACUCGUUACAGCAGUCGAUUAGCAAGGAGGCCAUUGCAGAUGGGUGCGACGUCAAAGGGUGGUUGAUGAAGACAGGGAUUGGGUACUUACUUGCAGUAAUGCCUGGUGGCGCAGCAAUUGGAGUAGCACUUCUGGAGUCCACAGCCCUCAAAGUGGGCGAGUUCCUGGUUUGCAGUGCAGCCAUUGGCGCCUUAGGUGGAGCUGUGUCAUCUCUGAUUUCCGACGCAAGCAAAAAAUUUGUUGAUGGACAGGAUGUCACUUGGACGAAGGUAGUAAGUCACGCAGCUGUUGCGGCCACAGCAGGCGCAGUUGCAGGAAUGCCCAAUGGUUUAAUUGGAGCAGAACUGGAAACCCCGCUUGUCUGUAACAACGGCCAAAGUGGAAAAGAGUUCGUCGUUAUUAGGGUUGCUACUAUAAUUACAUUUAUGUCAGUUAUCUAUUUUCGUUCAGGAUCUGAUCACUUGUAA